CUUCUUCAUUUUCCGUCGACUGUUACUUGUAUCGAUUUGUUUUAUCAAAUCGUCCGUCUUGUAAGUAAAGCUUCACAUCUCCAGCUGGUUCCGUCCUCCGCUUCUUCUCGACGUCACGGCGAUUCUCGCGGCGUAACUGUUCCAUACCGGCUGAGAAAAUGUUCAGCUCGAUGCAGAUACUGCCACUGGAGGCUCCUCCUGCCGACGGGAAGUUAGGUCCACUUCCUCCGUCGCAAUUAACGGAUCAGGAAGUCGAAGAGAUGGAGUUGCAAGCAGAGCAAAACAAUUCAAAUCAAGCUCCGGCGGCUGUUGCCACUCACACAAGGACUAUCGGAAUCAUUCAUCCACCUCCAGAUAUCAGAACUAUUGUUGAGAAAACGGCUCAGUUCGUUUCGAAAAAUGGGUUGGAGUUUGAAAAGAGGAUUAUAGUUAGUAAUGAAAAGAAUGCCAAGUUCAACUUUUUGAAGAGCUCAGAUCCUUAUCAUGCCUUUUACCAGCACAAGCUCACUGAAUACCGUGCUCAGAAUAAAGACGGUGCUCAGGGUACUGAUGAUGCAGAUGGUACAGAUCCCCAACUUGAUACUACAGCUACUGCUGUUGAGUCUGAAGCAAAUGAUGCACAACCCGAUCUUCAGGCUCAGUUUAGGAUUCCUCCUAAGCCUCUAGAACCUCCGGAACCUGAGAAGUAUACAGUUAGACUUCCUGAAGGGAUCACAGGCGAAGAGCUUGAUAUUAUUAAGCUCACAGCACAGUUUGUGGCACGGAAUGGGAAAUCGUUUUUGACAGGAUUGACUAGUAGAGAGAUCAACAAUCCUCAGUUUCAGUUUAUGAAGCCAACACAUAGCAUGUUCACUUUUUUUACUUCUUUGGUUGAUGCGUAUUCAGAAGUUUUAAUGCCUCCCAAAGAUUUGAAAGAAAAGCUGAGAAAGAGUGCUGCUGAUUUGACAACUGUUCUUGAGCGUUGUUUGCAUCGUCUUGAAUGGGAUCGUUCUCAGGAGCAGCAGAAGAAGAAAGAAGAGGAUGAGAAAGAGCUGGAGCGAGUGCAGAUGGCUAUGAUUGAUUGGCAUGAUUUUGUGGUUGUUGAGUCGAUAGAUUUUGCGGACGAGGAAGAUGAAGAGUUACCACCACCUAUGACACUUGACGAGGUUAUAAGGAGGAGCAAAGCAUCAGCAAUGGAAGAAGAUGAAAUUGUUGAGCCUGGAAAGGAGGUCGAAAUGGAAAUGGACGAAGAAGAAGUUAAGCUUGUUGCAGAAGGAAUGAGAGCAGCAAACCUAGAAGCGAGUGUUAAGAUUGAAAAUGUACAUGAUGAAGAAGCACCUAUGAGAAUUGUUAAGAACUGGAAGAGGCCAGAAGACAGGAUCCCAACAGAGAGAGAUCCAACUAAAGUUGUUGUAUCACCAAUUACUGGCGAGCUGAUUCCCAUCAACGAGAUGUCUGAGCACAUGAGAAUCUCUCUUAUUGAUCCUAAGUUCAAAGAACAGAAGGAUCGGAUGUUUGCUAAGAUUCGUGAAACCACUCUUGCACAAGAUGAUGAGAUUGCUAAAAACAUAGUCGGGUUGGCCCGCCUGCGUCCGGAUAUCUUUGGAACAACCGAAGAAGAAGUCUCAAAUGCUGUAAAAGCAGAGAUUGAGAAGAAGAAAGAUGAGCAGCCCAAGCAAGUGAUAUGGGAUGGUCACACAGGAAGUAUUGGUCGCACAGCAAACCAAGCCUUGACUCAGAACGCUAAUGGAGAGGAGCAAGGUGAUGGCGUUUACGGAGAUCCCAAUAGCUUCCCUGGUCCAGCUGCUCUUCCUCCUUCUCGACCAGGUGUCCCAAUAGUCCGACCAUUGCCACCACCUCCUAAUCUCGCCUUGAACCUCCCUCGUCCUCCCCCUUCUGCUCAGUACCCCGGUGCACCAAGGCCAUUAGGUGUUCCAAUGAUGCAGCCCAUGCAUCAACAACACCAGCUCUCGAUGCCGGGGCCACCAGGACACCCGCAGAUGAUGAUGAACCGACCACCACAGAUGAUGGCACAGCCUGGUAUGCAUGUGCCACCUCCACCGGGAUCUCAGUUUGCUCCUAUGCAAAUUCCUAGACCUUAUGGUCAGCUUCCACCGUCUGCAAUGGGGAUGAUGCAACCACCACCUAUGCCUGGGAUGCCUCCUCCUCCACCACCCGAGGAGGCUCCACCACCUCUCCCUGAGGAACCAGAGCCAAAGAGACAAAAGUUCGACGAGUCAGCCCUUGUUCCAGAAGACCAGUAUCUUGCUCAGCAUCCGGGUCCGGCUACAAUCAGGGUUUCUAUGCCAAACAUGGACGAUGGGCAAGUCAUGGAGAUCACAGUGCAGUCAUUAUCCGAAAAUGUGGGAAGUUUGAAGGAGAAAAUAGCUGGGGAGAUACAAAUUCCAGCAAACAAACAGAAGUUAAGUGGAAAAGCUGGGUUCUUAAAGGACAACAUGUCUCUUGCACAUUACAAUGUGGGAGCAGGAGAAAUCCUAACAUUGUCUUUGAGGGAACGUGGUGGGAGAAAGAGAUAGAGACAGCUGGUCGACGCAGGGAAAUGCCUUUUAAUCUCUUAAUUCUUCUUUAGAUGUUUAAAUUGAUGGCCAAAACUAUAUGUACUACUCUCUCGUUCACACAUCUUUACUCUUGGCUCAUCGUAUCUCUCUCUACUAUCUAUCGAGUUUUAGAAGAAGAAGAGUGAUUAUUACUGACUUAAGCUUGUUUUGGAUUUGCAGCUGAGGCAACAUUUUCGCUCUGUAAUCUUUAAAAAAAGAAUGUGAUACCU